UAGAGCCCCAGGGAGUCAGACCUGUUCCCUACCUGCCUGGAUUUGCCCAGGGCGUGUCUUUUCUAUAUAAAGAGGCUGGGUCAGGCCCAGCUCAGUAGUAGCUGAGCUUUCCACCUUUCCAGCUCUGUCCUGCCGUCCAGGGUCCAACCUAUUGAACUCCAAGAUGCAAAGGGUAACAGUGGGCAUCCUCCUACUUAUGGCAGUUCUGCCUGCCCUGGAAGCCAACGACCCAGCCGAUAAGGACAGCCCUUUCUAUUAUGACUGGCACAGCCUUCGUGUGGGUGGCUUGAUUUGCGCUGGCAUCCUGUGUGCUGUUGGCAUCAUCGUUCUCUUGAGUGGCAAGUGCAAAUGCAAAUUCAGUCAGAAGCACACGCCCAGCCAGUAACUGCUGAGUUGGCACCAGCCUCCCCGGACCCUACAGAUGUCUUCUUUCUUCCCCAAGGAAAGAAGAAUUCCUUCUUUCCCUGACCUCGCCUACACAUUACCUCUAUGUCUUUGCCCUUCUGCCUGUCGCCCUUCAGUCAAUGCUGACCCAUCAUUUCUCUGGGGGCUCGGUCCCCAGGUGGAAGAGGGUGGUUUUUUUACAUUUAUUUUUGAAUUAAGCCAUUCUAGGCUCUUCACAUCAAGAUGUUCUAGAACUGGUCAGUGAGAGGGAGAACAGAGGGAAUGGGGGUGGAAAGGGGCAAAGCCCAGGUUCUAGAACAACCCUUUUUACCGAUGUUCACAUAAACUCCUUCUCUCUGAAAUUCCUUUGUUGGGAAGAUGAUGUUUGCCUUCUGUUUUCUAUGACAAUCCCUAUAAUCAGUGGCCCCCAAAUCCCAAUACCAUCAAGUUUACGAAGGCAAAGUCCAUCCUGGCCCUAGGUGGUCCUACUCCAACAGUGUAAACUUUUGUCAGACCCCAAACAUCCUACAAUAACCCAAUAAUGAAAGCUUAGCUAAGAUCUGAUAAUAACCUAACCACAGGGCUCAGGUUUGACCCCAAGACCCCCAGUAUACACUACCCCAAACCUUAUUAUUCCCCAGGACCCCCCUAAAUCUCACCAUAUCUUCCCCAGGGCCCCAAAGAUCCUAGGAUAUCCUCACCUGGAGCCCCAAAUAUUCCUAUAAUACCCUCCCUUAGGCCCCCAAAACCUUAAGAUGCCCUUCCAAUGGUCCCAAAGACCCCAGAAAACCUUCCCUGGGAGUUUCAAAGACCUUAGCAUACCCUCCACUGCAGGACAGCUUACUCCAGGCAUCAAAGACGCUAGAAUAAAUAACACAUCCAGGGUCCCAAAUACCCUAGGAUCUCUUCUACUCUAGGACUCCCUCCUUGGGUCCUCAAAGACCCCAAGGAUACCUUCUCCUUGCCUUCUCAGACCCGAGCACACCCUCCCUAGGGUCCCAAGGACACCCUCUCCCAGGAAGGGCUCCCCAUCCCUUGAGGUGUAUAUGUGGGAGUUCCCCUGAGCCAGGCCCUGGUCACCCUCUUCUUUCUGCUCCUGGAUGGCUCCCCACUAGGACUCUGGUACCCGGAUUUACCAGUUGCCACCACAUAGGCCCCCUUGGCCCCGAGGAGCCCCUCAGACAAAAUGAAGCCCGUCCUUUCCCACCUUUUCCUUGUGCAUGUACCUUGCCCUGCUCCUGGCUCAGGCCUCUACAGGGGGCUCCUCAAAGGCAUGGUCAGGAGGCCCUUGAUGUCCCUGGGAGUGGUGAUCAGGGAUUGGAUGCAGAAGGGAUGGGGGGGCAGAAUAAACCUAAAGUGGGGAUAGGGUGUCUCAGGCUGCCCCACCACUCCCAACUU